AUGGGCAUAGAAAGAGCCAUCGAAGUGCUGCAGGAAACGGACUCCCCUGCAGACAUUCGGCGAUUUGUGGAGAAUAAGCUGGGGGCGGUGAUAGACUAUAUUUUUCUUAUUUCCAGCACGAGCAGCCAGAAAACGUCCAGGCUCAACACACUGGACUUUAUUAAGGGGUCGAUAUUCCAGAAGUCCAUAGCGCCAAAGCUGUGCACGGAGAAGUACAUUUUCGGCCUGCGCAGCAUCCGCAAAAAUGCGCACUCCAAGAAGGUCUCGGACGGAAUUGUCUCUCUUUGCUACGAAAUAUACGCGGACGGGAUGAAGAUUCUGCUGGAGUGCAUGCCCGAAAAAACCUUGGAGAUCAUCGCAGGGCAUCCCAGCAUGUGCUACAUCGAGCAACUUUUGAAGAGCUCAGAGUACAGCCCGAUCAUUGAGAUGUUUCCGUGCUUUUUCUCGCUUGGGGAGAGCAACUUCUGCAGGUGGAUUCGGCUCUUGGUGGCGAAGGAUGCGAUUUCCAUGCUGCUCCGGUCUCUGGAGAAGCUCACCCGGGCGCAAAAAGGGGCACACAAUUUGGCGAAGUUUCUGUACUUGUUCGUCUCGUUCACCGGGAACGUCUUCAAAGACUCUGCGCACAUGGAGGCAACGGGGUACCACUACACGCACUUCUACAGCCAAAUAGAGGAAAGGGCAGAGCCUCUUCUGAGCUGCAUAUUUUCCGGGUCCGACUCCAUCAACAGGCUCGCGUGCCUGGAGGUUGUCCGGGAAAUGAUCCGGACCGUUGAGUAUUUGCCCAGCGGAAAGCACACGCUGCGGUUCCUGCACGUGUACUUGGAGGGCUCGAGCGUGCUCAAAAGCCUUGAAAGCAGCGACCACACGGCGCCUGCCACUGUCUGCAUACUGUACCUGAUAAACACGGUUUCCCGAACGGUCCGAUACAAGCACGCGGACAUGCUUGAAUUCCUGAAGAAGACGCGAUUCCUCCACCACGUUGCCGUUUACCUCCACGGGACAUCGACGCACAGCAUAACCAACGAGGUUUGCCUCCUCCUCAAUGAGCUUGUGUACGUGGACAAGGCUUUCUACAUCGACCUGAUCGUGGAGUUCAGCCGGUCAGUGAAGGAUCACACUUUCAAGAAGGUUGUGCAAACAUACGCAGUCUCCCAGCAGAGACACAAUCCGCACGUCUCCGUGAUCGACUGCAUUACGCCGGUUGUAUACAUUCUUUACAAGCUGUAUCACAUGUGCAUGUACGAGUGCACAAAAAGAAGCAAAGAGGCCCGGCAGCAGUCGACGCGGUUUGUUGUCGUUGACGAGACCAAGGAAAUGUACAAGCUACUGCAGGCUCUCGAGUUUCUGCAGGACGAGCAGGCGUACUGGUACAUCACCACGCGAAUUUUCGAGCACGAAAAGCGAAUAUCCUUGGAGUACGGCAGGUCUCUUCCGGACAGGCACCCGAAUGCCGAGCAAUUUGCUCGGUACUUCUGCGACUACACUGCAUCUGUGCUUCCUGCGUAUCCCCCGUGGUUACUCCAGUAG